AGUCUGGCUCCGCCGCCGCCUGCCGCAGACGCGUACCGGCCGACGCCCUGCUAGCCGCCCGGGCCGCCAGCCCGCAGCCAUGAGCAUGCUCCGCCCGGGCCGAGCUCGCCGCCCCCUGGACUAGUCCCGCCGCCGCCCCGACCCGCCUGCACCAUGGAGUCUCCUGCCGCGAGCCAGCCCGCCGGUGUGCCCGCAUCCAAAGGGAAGUCCAGGAGGAAGAAGGGUUUACGAAUCUCCUGUGUGUCCAAGCCGCCGGCGCCCAGCCCCACGCCCCCCCGGAACCUGGACUCCCGGGCCUUCAUCACCAUCGGGGACAGGAACUUUGAGGUGGAGGCGGACGACCUGGUGUCCAUCUCAGAGCUGGGCCGAGGCGCCUACGGGGUAGUGGAGAAGGUGCGGCACGCCCAGAGCGGCACCAUCAUGGCCGUGAAGCGCAUCCGUGCCACCGUGAACUCGCAGGAGCAGAAGCGCCUGCUCAUGGACUUGGACGUGAACAUGCGCACGGUCGACUGCUUCUACACCGUCACGUUCUACGGGGCCCUCUUCAGAGAGGGAGACGUGUGGAUCUGCAUGGAGCUCAUGGACACAUCCCUGGACAAGUUCUACCGGAAGGUGCUGGACAAGGACAUGGCGAUCCCAGAGGACAUUCUCGGGGAAAUCGCUGUAUCUAUUGUGAGGGCCCUGGAGCACCUGCACAGCAAGCUGUCCGUGAUCCACAGAGACGUGAAGCCGUCCAACGUGCUCAUCAACAAGGAGGGCCACGUGAAGAUGUGCGACUUUGGGAUCAGUGGCUACCUGGUGGAUUCCGUGGCCAAGACGAUGGAUGCCGGCUGCAAGCCCUACAUGGCCCCUGAGAGAAUUAACCCGGAGCUGAACCAGAAAGGCUACAAUGUCAAGUCCGACGUCUGGAGCCUCGGCAUCACCAUGAUCGAGAUGGCCAUCCUGCGGUUUCCUUAUGAGUCCUGGGGGACCCCAUUCCAGCAGCUGAAGCAGGUGGUGGAGGAGCCGUCCCCGCAGCUCCCAGCUGACCGCUUCUCCCCCGAGUUUGUGGACUUCACUGCACAGUGCCUGAGAAAGAACCCUGCGGAACGCAUGAGCUACCUGGAGCUGAUGGAACACCCUUUCUUCACCUCGCACAAAACCAAGAAGACCGACAUCGCUGCCUUUGUGAAGGAGAUCCUGGGAGAGGACUCGUAGGUGGCGGGGCCUUGGACCCACUCUGGCCCCGCGGCGCCGUGCAGGCCUCUGCUGCGGCAGUGCUUGCCCACACCCAUAAGCUACUGCCAACCUGGCCUUGGGCACCCGGGAGGAAUCCAGGGGGCUGCUCCCGCCUGACAGGCUGUUGGUCCCAAGUGCCAAAGAACCAGACCAUCGGGGCCCUGCAGUGCCUCUGCCCCUGCUGCUCCAAGGACUCUGAGACUCUGGACUUGGAGGGGCCAGACGCCCCUCACAGAGAAGGCAGUGGUGCCUUGUACAGGCCGCUGCCUUGGCCUGGCCCUGGAUGCCACCCAAGUUGUAUAUUUUUUUAUCUCUUGACUGAAUGGACUUUGCACACUUGGCCCAGGCUGGCCACACCUCUGUCCUGGCAUCGGUAGGGGGACCCAGUAGGGGGAUGAGCCAUGUGAAUCCCCUGGAGCCCCCAUGAGGCAGAUGCCAGAGCCACCGAGGCCUUCACCCCAGCACUGGCAGACAGGGCUCUAAGGGCACCGGGGCCACCUCGCCCCUGCCUGCCGCCUCUAGGGGUGUUGUUUCACUUUUAUUUUUUUAAUUUAUCCUCUUGAUUUUUUUCUUUCGCUUUGUGGGUUUGGCUGGUUUUUCUUGCAUGGUUUGGAGCCGAUCACUUUUCUGUCACCUGCUAGGGGACCAGCAGGCUAAGACCUGCCCUCUCUGCUCAGGCGGGGUCUAGGGGGAUGGGCCCAAGGUCUCUGCUCAGAGAGGCGCUAGGGGAGCCAUCCAACUCACUCUCCUUGGGGACCGGCUCGACGGGGGCUGUGGAUUUGCUUUUGGUAUUGUUUUAAAAAAAAAAGAAGAAAAUAUAUUUUUUUGAAGAAAGGACUGCCCGUCCAGGGUCCUGUCCCUGAUUGGUUGGGGCAGUUGCCUGAUUGCUGUUUUAAUU